UGUAUCUCCAUGAAGAACUUAAAUGACCCUCCCCAUUGGAAUAUCCGGCCUAAUUCCAGGGCAGAGGGUGGUGAUGGAAGCAGAUGGAAUUAUGCUCUUCUGGUUCCCAUGCUGGGAUUGGCAGCUUUUCGUUGGAUUUGGUCUAGAGAGUCUCAGAAAGAAAUAGAAAAAGAAAGACAAGCAUAUUACCAGAAAACAAUUGCUUUCCAGCAGGAUCUUGAAGCUAAAUACCAUGAUAUUAUCUCAGAAAACCGUCGUGCAGUGGCUCAUUUGUCUUUGGAGCUUGAAAAGGAACAUAAUAGAACAACUAGCUAUCGUGAAGCUCUCAUCUCUCAGGGUCGAAAAUUAGUAGAAGAAAGAAAACUUCUGGAACAAGAAAGGGCACAGGUAAUGCAAGAAAAGCAGCAGCUACAACCCUUGAAAAGUGUAUAUCAAUACUACUUAGACAAAGAAGAAAAUUGACAAAAAAAGGCUACCCGUUUGCUGAGAGAAUUUGAAGAAGCACUUAUAGAACGACAGAAUAUCUACUGUAGUCUGGUUCUUCCUCAAACCCGGCGCCUGGAGAUUGAGAAAAGGUUGUUAGUUCAAGCAUCCAUCGAUCCAGUUGCUUCUGACCUAGGGAUGGUAUCUGGUUUAACAGAUAUAUUUAAGCAUGACACAUAUUGUGGAGAUAUGUGGAAUUCCAACAAACGCCAAAAUGGAAGACUCAUGUGGCUCUAUCUCAAAUACUGGGAAUUAAUUGUUGAAUUGAAAAAAUUUCAGAAAGUGGAGAAAUCCAUAUUAGAAAAGUAAGAAAAG